GGCGCUGCGGUGAAGGAGCCGGAGAGAGCGGUUGCGAGAUAGGAGGAGGUGCUGGGGAUAGCGGUACCCGAUCAUAGUAUGUACACCGACUACUGACACACGCAGCAUGGCCGAGAAGGGGAGACUCAGUUUCACUGGUUCGUCCGGACUCAACAAGCCCGUGCCUAUGAACCUCUUUGCCACCUGGGAGAUAGACGGCUCUUCGCCCAGCUGUAUACCCAGAUUAUGCAGUUUAACACUAAAGAAGUUGGUUGUCGUAAAGGAGUUGGAUAAGGAACUUACUUCAGUAGUAAUUGCUGUUAAAAUGCAGGGUUCAAAAAGAAUCUUGAGAUCGCAUGAGAUUAUACUGCCGCCUUGUGGCCUGGUGGAAACUGACCUCGCACUAACCUUCUCACUGCAGUACCCACAUUUUCUCAAACGAGAGGGCAACAAACUACAAAUCAUGCUUCAGAGACGAAAGCGGUACAAGAAUCGGACCAUUCUGGGAUACAAGACUCUGGCGGUGGGCUCCAUUAACAUGGCUGAGGUAAUGCAGCAUCCAAAUGAAGGUGGCCAGGUUCUCACUCUGUUCAGUAAUCUAAAGCAAGCAGCAAUAAAAGUGGCUGAAAUCUGGAUCUUUGCAUUGUCUAGCCAGCCAAUCGACCAUGAAGACAGUGCAAUGCAAUCUGGUCAAAAGAUAAAAUCAACAGAUAACUACUCAGAGGAAGAGUAUGAAAGUUUUUCUUCUGAACAGGAAGCCAGUGAUGAUGCAGUCCAAGGGCAAGAUAUAGAUGAUGAUGAAUUCGACUUGGGUAAGCCAAAAAAGCAAAGGAGGACAAUUGUGAGAACAACCUCGAUUACAAGGCAACAGAACUUUAAGCAGAAAGUAGUUGCUUUACUAAGGAGAUUCAAAGUUUCAGAUGAGGUCCUUGACUCAGAGCAGGAUCCCACAGACAAUGUGCAAGAAGUGGAAGAGGACUUGGAUCUACUGUAUGAUAGUUUGGAUGUGGAGAACCCUAGUGACAGCGGCCCUGAUAUGGAUGAUGAUGACAGCGUUCUCAGCACUCCAAAACCAAAGCUCAAACCCUACUUUGAAGGCUUGUCACAUUCCAGCUCUCAGACCGAAAUUGGCAGCAUCCACAGUUUGAGGAGCCAAACAAGGGAGCCACCCAGCCCUAUAGAUAUACCCGAAAAGCUCAAAAACUCUCCAAGCAAAUUUCACAUGGACAUUUCUGAUAUUUCAUCAGCUGAUCAAAUACAACAGGAGGAGGCAGCAGUAGGAUCUGAAAGCAUCAAUGCAGACACUUUCCUAGAAAAGCUGCCUCCCAGUGGAAAAAUCACAAAGACAGAAUCAUUGAUUAUUCCUUCUAGUAGUAGGUCUGAGGGGAAGCAACCAGGACGUCGCGGAAGAAGCACGUCCCUGAAAGAGCGCCAGCCCGCCAGGCAGCAAAAUGAGCGGGCAAACAGCUUGGAUAAUGAGCGCUCACCAGAGCCACGGCAGCACUUGCAGGGCACUUCUUUGACAUUGCUGAACAGCGUGAAGAGAGCCGCAUUCACUCAAAUCCCUCGGAAAACAGUUUAUGACCAGUUAAAUCACAUCCUAAUUUCAGAUGAGCAGUUGCCAGAAAACAUAAUUUUAAUCAAUACAUCAGACUGGCAGGGACAGUACGUCUCAGAGUUACUGCAGAAACACAACCUCCCUAUUGUGUGCACGUGUUCUUCUGCUGAUAUACAGGCAGCAUUCACAACUAUUGUCUCCAGGAUACAACGCUUCUGUAACUGUAACUCCCAAACUCCAAAUCCCAUUAAAGUGACGGUGGCAGGAGCCCAACAUUUCCUGAGUGCUAUUCUACGGCUCUUUGUGGAGCAGCUGUCGCACAAGACACCUGACUGGUUUGGCUACAUGAGGUUUCUCAUUAUUCCUCUUGGGUCUCAUCCUGUAGCCAAAUACCUCAGCUCCAUCGAUUAUCGAUACAACAAUUUUUUCCAGGAUGCAGUCUGGCAAGAUUUUUUCACCAAAACUGAGGCCCCUUCUAUAGUACAUUCUCCCUGCGACUCGGGUUGUGUGUUCAAGUGGUUCUCUGGAGUAAACAGUCUAGGCCGAUGCUCCGGUGCAAUACUGGUGCAGGAAAUACCGGAUGUUGUCUCUAGAGUUACCCAGUACAUCUCCAAUGCAAACAUUGCUCAUCAGUUACCUAUAGCGGAAGCAAUGUUAACAUACAAGCAGAAAAGCCCUGAUGAAGACUCAUGCCAAAAGUUUAUUCCCUUUAUUGGAGUUGUAAAAGUUGGGAUUGUGGAACAGUCUUCAGCAACAUCAGGUGAUUCCGAUGAUGCUGCCACUUCUGGUUCCAGUAUCUUGUCUUCCACACCUCCGACGCUAUCUCCAGCAAUGAAGGAAGCUUCCCCUACUCCACCCUCCUCGCCCUCUGUGGGAAGUGGACAGUAUUCAAGUUCGCAGAGCCUUGGUCACAGUGGAGAGCUGAUGGGUCUGCAGGUUGACUAUUGGAUUGCUCAGCUGGCUGACAAGAAGAAAGACCCAGAAAAGAAGGAUCCCACAGCCAAGAACACACUGAAGUGCACCUUCCGCUCCCUCCAGGUCAGCAGGCUGCCCGGUAGUGGGGAAAUUACAGCCCUUCCAACGAUGUCCAUGACAGUAGUGACAAAGGAGAAGAAUAAAAAAGUUAUGUUUUUGCCCAAGAAGACAAAAGACAAAGAAAUGGAAUCAAAGAGCCAAGUGAUUGAAGGCAUCAGCCGGUUAAUCUGCACUGCAAAACAACAGCAGACCAUGCUGAGAGUAACAAUUGAUGGAGUGGAGUGGAACGAUGUGAAGUUUUUCCAGCUUGCAGCUCAGUGGUCCUCUCACGUGAAGUAUUUCCCAAUUGGCAUUUUCACCCAUUUGAAAUCUGCUUAUUAAACUUUCUCAGCUGUGCUGUGCUGAAAACCAGCAGCUACCCAGUGCCAAGAACCCUUUGCAAACUGCAGGUACCUGCUGCUUGUGUGCUGUUACAGAGCUUUUCAUCAAUUUUUUUUUUGAAAAGGACGUUCCAAGGCAAGGAAUACUACAAAAAAAAUCUUUCCAAAUCUAACCAGAAGGUUAUGUGGGUGCAUCUGCAGCAUUGGUUCUCUGCAGCAAGGGAAAGAUGGCAUUCAGAUUCAGAUGUGUGUGAUGAACUUACCACAUUUUGUUGCGCUAUUACCUGUUUUGUUUGGUUCUCGACAGAUGGAGGUAAAGCCUGAAGUUUGAAGGAUAGGUUGCAAACCUGUUCACUACCUUGCAUAAUCCAUGCUGAACAAAGAUUAAUAGUUAAAAAAAAAGCUGACUUACAUUGGAUUUUUUUUUUUGCAUUGGGCUAUAGUUGUACUUCUUGGAAUAUAGGUGGUAUAAUUUUCUCCCUGGAAAUCCACUGUGAAUCGUGAGUCAAGUUGAUCUUUGUCACAUACCCAAGACCCACAAGCUAGUUUCUUUGUAGCCACAUGCACAGACUCCAAAUGAAGUCUGAGAGUGAUUACCACUAGGUUAUUUUGUUUAUUUCAUUUGUGCUUCUUUAAUGAGUCUCAGCUACCAAACAGUGUAUAGUCUUAGCUUGGCGGCUAUAAAAGGGGAGUUACUUGGCUGUGGAGCUUCAGGUCAUCCCACUAAAUGCUUUCUUAGCUUCCAAAGCUGGCAAGUGGGUUUGGUUUCCGCUGGUCACACCGACUAGCUGCUACAUUUCUAUCGCACCACUUUUUAAUAAAACUGUAGUAUAACUUUUUUGUGUUUUCCUUUUUCUGGUGCACUUCUUGGGGUCUUUUCCUUUGUGAUGCCUGAUGAGGAAGCAAAGUGAUGAGAUCUUUCAUACACCAGCCACAUCGUUACCACAGGGGCUUUGUCUCCACCAUGCACAUUAGUGAUCUAGUGCAAGAUUUCCAAAAUGCUCAGCUUCAGAUAACAUUUUGUGCUCAUAUUCUGGGUUCUAUAGAUUUUUAACUGUUUUCUUUUGGUUUUGGAGUGGACAGCGGAGAGAUGCUCUUUAUCCCAAUUGUAACAUAAAACCAUUCAGGAAAUAAUCUGUGUAAUUUGAGUGCACCUAUCACUAAAAAGGAAGGAUGCCUGUUUUCCUUGUGGUCUUGCUUAUAAUUUGCAAUGUAUAUAACAGUUUGUUGGUAUUAGCUUUGAUAUUUAUGGCAUAAUUUGUAUGGAUUUGAGUAGGCCUCCUGAAAGAAUAUAGUCUCUUGAAGGAGUGCAGAUUGAUUUUUUUUGACACUAAUAAUUUAUGUUGUACAGUUUUAUAUAGAUUGGUGCAGUGACAGUGCAGAAUCUGCCACUAUAGACACCAAAAGGUACUUGCUCUUAAUGUAAUGAAUCUCUUCCCAUCCCUCUUUCACCCUGCCAGCCCCCCCCCAUAUAUAUUGUAUCAGUGCAAAAACUCUUAACAUAAUGUGUGUGACUUGAGUUUGAAUAUAUGGGUCAGAGUUAGGCUUGUAACUCAUCUGAAAAUAAACCAUGUUUGCAUUGAUUCCCUUCACACUGAAAAUAAUUAAUAAUCUCAUUGUGAAAUUUAACCUUAACAGUGUGUAGUUUUCUGCUUCUGCAAAUACCUCAGAUCUUUUUAUUUUAAUGUGCCAAAAUAUUUUUAAGUAAUACGUAAUUCUGGGUGAGAAUUCAUUAGAUCUCACCUGCCUUAAGCGCAACUAAAUCAGGACCUGGCCCUGCAGGGUAUAAUAUGCCAAUGAACUAGUGCCUCAGAGUGCAUCAGGAGUGUUGUAUUUGCAGGUGGAAAGGUGACACAGAACACUGCAAAUAUCAAUGUCUUAAAGAUUAAGUAACUCAAACACAUAGAAAUGUCUGUUUUGCCUUCAGGAUUUGUGGUGCUAGAAUAUUCAUCUCUGCUUUAUAAGUCUGUGUGCGACAGUAUAUUCACACAUAUCUAGUCUUACUUUAUGGCAUCUGAUCUACAGUAUGUAACACUAGUCACCAAUAAUCAGGGUCUAUUUCAUUACUGUCUGCAGUUCCUAUGUGGCGCUUAAAUCUCUGACCCGUUUAUUAUAGGCACUAUCUUUAAAUAGUGAUUUUACACGAGUCACUCAUUUCAGAGGUUCUUACCACUAGUUACUGUGAGGAGAUAGUGUUGCACCAUUCAUGAAAGUGACAUUGAGGACUUGCAGAUGGGCAUAAGCUCUUGAGAAUGCGUAAUCUUUGUUUAGGUGGCUGCCUUAUUCUCCUUCCUGUUGCUGUAAGGAUUUUCCAGAUGACUGAGCUCAGUGGGGUGAAAUCAGACAUGAAUAGUAAAGCAGGAGCUCAACUUUAACAUUGUUCAUACAGUGCAACCCAGUAUACAGUGUGGCAUAUAUUGUCAACCCGUGGCAAUUUUGCAUCUUCUUGUAUCUGAACUUAGAGCCCAUUAUUACCACUCUUCACCACCCUUGGAACUGUAAGUGUUCAAGCAAAUCUCUCUUCAGUUCAGUAGAUUUCUGGACUGCACAUGAGAGUCUCUGGUUUGACGCCUGAUCAGCAGCAUUGCAAAGUAAGGUACUACAAUGAACUUGAAGCACCCCAGGGUUAGGCAAAAGGAAAAGUCCACUAUUGUUCUUGUACCUGAUCUCCCCACCUUCCCUUCCCCCCCCCUACACCACCUCCCUCCUAUUAACCUGCACCCCCAAUCCGCUACCUCCCUCCCCCACUGGAUGGAAGGAGGUUGUGCUUAGAUGUCAGAUAUGAAUAGGGUUGGCUUUGGUGAUAAUUCUGCAGCUCAAUCACUCCUGGUUUUUAGCAGCCACCUGCAUUCUGUAAAGUGUGACCAUAGAACCAAACCCUGUGAGAAUCUGCGUUCUCUUUGGAGGAAGUAAUUGUGGUAGGAUGGAGAAAGGAUGAUUUUUUAAAUACAUACUGUUGCAGUUUACUGGAUUAACUUCCACAUGGAGAUGGAAAUACAGCAGUAUGUUCCACAAAUAAAUACUAUUGGUUAGGAGAUACAAUAUGAAUACUACUUUUUCAACUUUAAUUUCUGGAACCAGCAAAUGCAACUUUUACAGAGGUACACUGAUACCAAAUACAUGGCUUUGUGUGAGUGGGGACAGGGCCCCACUGCUUUUAUCUUUGUUGUUGGAGACAGGGUUUCUGAAAUCCAUGCUGUCUCACUGACCUACUGAUUAUUUGGGAUAUAGCCACUGAUUUUCCAUGUUAGAAUAUGGCUGAAUAAAUGAAACGGCAUAACCGAUACUGACUGAAUUAACCUUACAUAUGAAGGGCAGCUUUCUAUAUGUGGAAAUGUACAAGUCUACUCAAAAUUGGUACCAUGCUAAUUCUGCACUUGUAAUAUGUCAACAUGUGUUACUCACAUACUGCUACCAGGUCCUGAAGAGCUCAUGCUAUUUUCUUUCUGUUCAAGGAUUGUAAUGUUCUAGGCCUGUGCCUGACAUUCAAUAACUAUCAUUUAAUAUUGACUUGCAUAAAGGGUACUUACAGGCCUCCUUCACAAACCAUCUAUAAGGAGGAAACAUUACAGAUCAAAAUCUCAGCAUUUUGAUCCCAGUUGUCCAGUUAGCUAAUCUAGCCUUGGGUUCAGAAAUGCAUGCCGGUUUAGGAAAGUGCGGGCACUGAGAUAAUGCCUAUAAUGUUGAAACAAUAUGCUAUCCAUUUACCCAUCAAGAAAGGUUACUUAGAUAAGGUAUUGGAAAUUCUUCGUCAUCUGUGGCACUCUGUUGGAAAGGGUCAGAGGCUACUAUUAAAGGAAUGAAACAUUUUUAAACCAUGCUGAUUUUGUUCCUUCAGAUGGUUGAUUCCUAGAAUCUAAAGAUGUAAUUUCUAGAUAUCAUUGGUAGAAUGAUCGUGAAACAUGACUUUAGAUUGAGUCAAUACAAAGCAGGAGCACAAUAUUUUUGCAACAUUGUCAUAUGGUCCUUGGAAAUCUUUUGUGUAUUUUCCAUUCAAUUUGUCUGAAGAUGGACAAAUAUUUGAACAAACAUUUUUUAAAUGUAGGGAUGAGCCUUGUUCUCACUAAAAGAUGAUCAUGCAAUGCUUAGUGAACUGGUGAAAUGUUUUGGAGACCAAUCAAGUUUAACAAUGCAGUGGAAUCCAGUGAAGACACAAUUUAAACAAUUGUUUGAAAUAUAAUGGUGGGGUAUCCUUCCGAGCUGCAAUUAACUUGGUGAACGUUAAUCAUAGGUCCAUCACCGCACGUGGAUAUGCAAAGAAUGUGAAUAUUUGCUUUGUUCUCAUCUCACCUUUGUUAUACUGUUUUAUUGGGUUUAUGUUGCUUUCCUUUGUACUGGCCUCCUUAAAGUGUUCAGAGACACAGUUCUAUCCACUGCUGCAAGACUCUUGGGCAGUUCUCCAAAAUGGAAGUCAGAAAGUCAAAAUUUUAGGUUAGCGCAUUUUUAAAAUAGCAUGCUCUUUGCUUUCAAAUUAUCAAAGCAUUUUGACUAAUAGAUAAAAUCUAAAGGGAAAUAGGAAUUGAGAACGGUUGGAGGCAUUGCCCAAUUUAAAAAAAAUAUACCUGUGCCAGAAGAGAGAAGUAAACAAAUCAAUAAACCAUUCACCAUUUUAAUAUUCAGCAUUCUUUGCUUCUAAAUCCUAUAAUAAUAGAGUGCAAUUUGUUAUCCUCUGAAAGCACGCCCUCUGACCUGGAAGCAUUAUGGAAGUACUGUGUGUGAAACCUCUGUACAAAUGUGAAUGGUUUCAAAUACAGACACACCAUGAUGUGAAAAUUUGCACUGUUUUGCUGUCAAGAAUAAAAUCUUAAGUCUUUUAAUUUUUUAAUUAAAAUGUUUUGAAUUUUCACUUUAGAAGGCUGAUAUAUGAUACAAUUGCAGUAUUUGUGUUUUACAACCCCAUUGUAGUGCAAGUUUGCUUUUCUUUAUAUAUUGGUGAAAACUUUAUGAAGGAACAGACAUGCAAUACAUUGGAUUACUACAAAUAAAUAAAGUAACCUUUA